AUGCGAGCCAGCGGGAGGAUCUACGACGCAGCGUGUGUGCUAUACAGCGCGCGACGCCCGAUCAUACUGUCUCACGAGGAGGCACUGGCGGAGAUAAUUGUGCAGCAUCACCACGAGAGGAUGUGCCACCAAAAUGUGGAGGCGACUAUUGGAGCGAUCCAGCAGAAGUUCUGGAUUACGAACUUACGGAGGCUGCUACGGAAGGAGAUGAGUAACUGCAAUGUAUGCAAACUACGGAAGGCGCGACCUGCGCAGCCGGAGAUGGGUCCCCUGCCAGAGGACCGGCUGGAGGCCAACGGAUGGCCAUUCAAGUAUACCGGCCUGGACUAUUUUGGACCGCUAUUUGUGACUGUUGCCACACGGAGAAAAGAUUCCUGUAUAAUCGCCAUGAGGAACUUCAUGAGCCGCCGUGGACCGGUGGUCAGGAUAAGGAGCGACAAUGGAAAGAACUUCGUUGGAGCCGAUAGAGAGGCCACGAGGUUCAACGAGGUGUUUGAGCCUGCACGGAUCCAGGGCGAGCUGUCGUCCAAAGGAAUUGAGUGGAUCUUUAAUUGCCCGGCGAACCCAGCUGAGGGUGGCGCUUGGGAAAGGAUGGUGCAGUGCGUGAAGAAAGUGCUGGCGCACACAAUGAAGGAGAUCGCGCCCAAGCAGCACGUACUGGAGAACCUGUUGAUUGAGGCGGAGAGCAUAGUGAACUCUCGUCCGCUCACUCAUCUACCAGUGACGGUGGACCAGGAGGCUCCACUGACACCCAACGAUUUAUUGAAAGGAGUACCCGAUGUUCCGGAUCUUCCCAAAGAUGAUGGACUGGAGUCCAACAGAUGCGUUACCAGGAAGCAGUGGCGCAUAGCAAGAAUAAUGCGGGAUCGAUUCUGGAAGAGAUGGGUGCAUGAGUACCUGCCAACACUUGUGCGCAGGGAGAGAUGGUGCAAGCACGUCGAGCCCAUUCGUCGAGGAGAUCUGGUGUUCAUAUGUGAUCCGGCCAUGCCACGAAGAGAGUGGAAGCGAGGCGUCGUGGAAGAGGUGUUCACCGGGAGAGAUGGAAUCCCUCGUCGAGCGGCGGUGCGGACUAACGAUCGAGCCAAGACGACAAUGCGACCCGCUUCGAAGCUAGCUGUCCUGGACGUGGUGAAUGCGAGAAUAUAUAAAGAAGUAACAGAACAACCACACUUAUUGAUCUUACUCAGGGAAUAA